AGACACUCUUACAGAGUUAAGAGGAAGAAACAAAAAAAAAAGACGAAGCACCACCGAUGGAGAUAGCCGCCACGAGCACUGUCACUCUUUCCCCGCCUCAAUCACGCCAAUUCUCACAUACCUUCUCCAGGAGCCUCCGAUCUUUACCUUCUCUCCGUUUCAACCUCUCCUUCCAAAGCACUAGCCUCCGCGUCUCAGCGACCUCCUCCAUGAGCGCCUUCGCCGCGGAGAAACUAUCGCCGGAGACCUUCCUCGACAAGAAGGAAAGCGGAAUCCUCCACUUCGUCAAGUACCACGGCCUCGGGAACGAUUUCAUUCUGGUAGACAAUAGGGACUCGUCAGAGCCUAAGGUUACUCAGGAGCAGGCUGUGAAGCUCUGUGAUCGAAACUUCGGCGUUGGCGCCGACGGAGUCAUCUUUGCCAUGCCUGGGACUAACGGCGCUGAUUACACUAUGAGGAUAUUCAACUCGGAUGGUAGUGAACCUGAGAUGUGUGGCAAUGGAGUUAGAUGCUUUGCAAGAUUCAUUGCGGAGAUUGAGAAUCUACAGGGAAAGCAUAGUUUUACAAUGCAUACUGGUGCUGGCCUCAUCGUUCCUCAGAUUCAAGAUGAUGGGCAGGUUAAGGUUGAUAUGGGGGAACCGAUUCUUAGAGCAGAGGAUGUGCCUACGAGAUUGGUAGGAAACAGAGGUGAGUCUGUUGUUGCUGCGGAGCUGGUAGUUGAUGGAGUGAGCUGGAUUGUGACGUGUGUAAGCAUGGGGAACCCUCACUGUAUCACAUUUGGCACUAAGGAUGGACAGGAUCUGAGAGUUGAUGAGCUGAAGUUGUCAGAGAUUGGUCCUAAGUUCGAGCACCAUGAGAUGUUCCCAGCUCGAACUAACACAGAAUUCGUGGAGGUCUUGUCACGUUCACAUUUAAAAAUGCGUGUCUGGGAGCGCGGUGCAGGAGCAACUUUGGCUUGUGGAACAGGAGCUUGUGCUCUGGUUGUUGCAGCAGUCCUUGAAGGUCGAACAGACAGGAAAUGCACGGUGGAUCUACCUGGUGGACCGUUGGAGAUUGAGUGGAAAGAGGAGGACAACCAUAUUUACAUGACCGGUCCUGCGGAUUUGGUGUUCUACGGUUCAGCUCUUCUCUAAUGAAACUAGCUUCUGUGUUGUUGUGAUUCAGUCUUAAUAUUACCAUCUUGAGUUCUGCUGUCUUUCUGCAUUGUAGUAUCAUGGAGUACUACGAGAGAUGACAUGAAACAUUUGAUGCACUUCUCUUAUUGUUUCUGUUUAAUUGUGUUUUCCCUUUUGCUAAAACAGAUUUCUCUAUGGUUUGGUAUAAACACACCAUAAAAGUUAUUUUGUGUGUUAUGUAUUUCUUAAAACGAAACCACUUUUCAUUUCA